AUCGAUUUGAUAGCCGGAGGUAAGAGCAAGAAGACGAAACGUACUGAGCCUAAAUCCGACGAUGUCUAUCUCAAGCUCCUUGUCAAGGCGAACCGAUAUCUGGUGAGGAGAACAGAAAGCAAGUUCAAUGCCGUGAUUUUGAAGCGUUUGUUCAUGAGCAAAGUGAACAAAGCGCCACUGUCUCUCUCUCGUCUGGUCCGAUACAUGGACGGAAAGGAUGGAAAGAUUGCUGUUAUUGUUGGUACUGUGACUGAUGAUGUUAGAAUCGAAGAUGUUCCGGCUCUUACAGUUACUGCAUUGAGGUUCACUGAGAGCGCUAGAGCUAGGAUCCACAAGGCUGGUGGAGAGUGCCUCACUUUUGAUCAGCUCGCUCUUCCGUGCCCCACUUGGUCAGAGAACACGGUUCUGCUUAGAGGUCCUAAGAACACACGUGAAGCAGUGAAGCACUUUGGACCAGCUCCUGGUGUGCCUCACAGCCACACCAAACCGUAUGUACGUCAAACUGGUAAAAAAAUUGAGAUAGCAAGAGGAAGAAGAAGGAGCAGAGGUUUCAAGGUCUAAGCCUAGCUACGAAACUUCAUGGUCAGUCUGUGUAUGACUUGAGUUUAUCUUUUAACUAUUAUGGAUUAUACUUUUACAUUGCUAUAAUGAUAUAUAUAUAUGAAAACUAAGUAGGAGAAAAUCUUUCUCUCUUU